AUGGAUGCGCUAAUGUUGGACGAAAAAAUACGCAUGUAUGCCCUUGUGCCAAUUUUCAUAAUUGUCGUUUUGGUCUGCAUAAUAAAAAACAACCUGGGGCAAAUGGUCCGGCCUACCAUCAAAGCGGACGUUGAGAAACUGAGACAAAAUAACUUCCUAACGAGGUUCACCCAGCUGAAAACGAAUUAUGGAUUUAUUUCCCCAGUUGCGUUCCUAAGUCGAAAAUAUUUUUUUAACAAACCUCAAGUUGGCUUCUUCAAUGAUUUGCCUGAACAAGUUAAUCCGUUUGAUGCGCUCCUAAAGCAAGAUCCCUCGGACCUGUUUGGAAUGAUGAAGAACCAAAUCCCCUUUUUGGUGUUACAGUUGGGGCUAGGGUUUUUAAUAAACCUCUUUUUUUCUGGCUACUUAGUGGCCAAAAUUCCCUUCCCCCUGACGUACAAAUUCAAGUCAACCCUCCAGAUGGGAAUGGAUAUAGAAUUGCUGGACAUGAAAUUUGUGUCCUCCUUGUCAUGGUACUUCCUUGUCAUGUUUGGGUCCAGCGGCUUAAUAAGCAUCAUUGAUUAUUUUGUUCUUCACGAGCCUGCAAAUAUGAACAACGUGCCCGACUUGAAAAAGUUUUACGACAAAAAGAAGGCCGAGCUGGAGAACGUGAGGUAUAAAUUUUGGCUGGAGAAUAUCGAAUAUCACCUUAUA